AUGUCCCAACUCGAAAAUGACAUCGAGCUGCACCGACGCAUCGUCGCCGCCGCCGAUCGACUGGCCAAGGACCAGAAGACGAACAAGAGCGUCCGGAAGAAGCGCGUGAAAGAUCUACAGGCAGCUGCCGCUCGUCUCAAGGGAAUGGAGCUGCAGCUGGCGCAGUUGCGAUUUUCUGCGUCGAAGCCUGACUUAUCGCAGUCGCAAAAUGGCUGGACCACGCCCGCGUCGAAGCGUACGCAAGCCCAAUCUUGCCCCACCACGCCUCAUGGAAGUAUCCCGGAUUUGAGGGAUGAACUUGACGAUGAUGAGGUCGAUAGGGUGGAUGCGCAGAGUAGAGGAACACAGCCAUCCAGUGCGGAAAGGAGGAGACCAAGCAGCCAGAACCAUCCCUCCCCUCAUACAAACCAUCAUCAAAAUGACCAAAAUGGUCACUACAACCCUCAUCAGCAUCAGCACCCAGCUCAUCAACCACCACUCUACGAGAAUGUCGGCUACAGAUCGGCGGCCCCGUACCAAUCUGCCUAUCGACAGUCACACUACCCGACGUUGCAUGAACAACAAAUAUCCCGACAGCGCGCCAAAUCCGAGCACUCCCUACAUGGCGGCAAUCGGAAUCCAAUCAUUGCCGCUGAUUGGACACCCACCAAGGAGAAGCAAGUUGAGAGGACCAUUCCGAUAAUGACGGCGCCCCCAGCUGUCGUAAGGAGUAUGCAAACGUCUCACUCGUGCUCUGCCGGGUUUAGCACAGCCAGUCUUGACCGGAAGACGUUGAGGAAUCGUACCCCACCAGAAGGAUCUCCAACCCCCGGUGAGCGCGAGUCUCGAGCCCUCGGCCCUCCUCACUCCAACCCCAGCCGUGAUCAUUCCCCAUCCACCCACCGUGUCACCACGUUCCCAGUCGGCACUAAAGGAAUGUGCUACGAGACGACGAAACCGCUACCCUCAUCCCCGCUAGCGGCCCCGAGGAUCCUUCAGCCCCACCGCUUCCCCAACACGCAUUCGGCCCCCCAUUUCCCUCCAUUCCAGCCGCAAGGGGUUAUGAGACCGGUGAGCUCGUCCGGCCGAAUGCCAGCCGUUCGCGAGGAUCCCCACAUGGAGGCGCUGCUCGAUUUUUACAAAAGCGCCGAGGGAGCGAGAAAAACCAAGACUGCCACUAUUGUC